CAAGACUCACGAGAAGUUGCAAAAAUAGUACAGAGAGUUUCUGUGCACCCUUCACCCAGUUUGUCCCGUGAUCAUACCGUACAUAACCGUGGUGUGUUGUUGAAACCAGGAAACUGAGGUUGUCACGAUGCUAUUAAUCCAGGUAGGGAGCUUACUCGCAUUUGCCAAGUUAUCCUUCUUCCCCACCUAAACAGAUAUAAUGCUUUGGAAUUAUUAAGGUCAUUUUAUUUUUCCAGUGUUACAAAUGCUAAAAAUCUUUAUUUUUGCAACAAAAUCUCCCAUUCUUCACUAUAGAAAAUUUAACUGAUAAUGUUAUUUCAGUGAAGAAUGAGGAGGCUUUAUAUUCAUACAAAUUAAUUUUGACAUUGAAAGGCAAAGAUUUUCAAAGUUUCUAGAAUGUGCCAUAUUUGUAGUCAAAAGAAUAAUUUAUGAAAUGACAGCUUCACAAGAUAGUCUGAGUCAGCACUUGAUAAUAGAGAGUGGGCCUGCAUCCUGCUCCCACGGGGCCACGAGCUGACUGAAGUCCUGUUAGCUGAGUUACUUGAUCUUUUUGGCCCUUCAUUACUUGACUGCAAAAUAAGAAAAUUAGACUACACGACUUCUAAAAUGUCUCUCAGUGAAAAAAGAACCCCUACAAUAGCUUUUGUCAGAAGUAUUGUACAGAGAUCGUUACAGAAAGCAUAAGGUGGUUUUACUUAAAACAAACAAAACAAAACCAGACCCAGGUCUAAAGCAAAAGCAAAAAAUGUCUUGUACUCACAUGAAGGUCAUGGGAAAAGUACGAAAGAAAAGGCAAAGGCAGCAUCUCGGUGGAGGCGACGCCCCCCCUCCCCCGACGCAGGUGGCUGGGAACGCAGAAACGGUCUGCAUUCCCCAUUAGCUACUGACACUCGGGGGACAUUUGAACAAGUGAUGUUAAUCUUCCCAAGCCUGUGUUUCUCCUCCGUAAAAGGACCAUAUUCCUGGGGGAGUGUGGUUCUGAGGGGGAGAAAGGAUGUAGGGGGAAAGCGCACAGCGUGUCCUGGGCAGAGUUUGGGUCCAUGAAGUUCACCAGAGAGCCUGAGUGUCAGGGGUGAAGGGCAUAGGAAAGACCGGCUGGCAGGAAGUUUUCGUUUAGAUGAAAAGACUGAAAGGAACAGUAGCCUGCCUUUUGGUACAGUGAACUCCCGUGGGGAGCCUCUGCUUUCCGAGGACACCUCUCGAGGAGAAUGUUAUGGGGCUCAGAGGGGGGUGUCAGCCUGGCCGCUCACUGAAGCCUGAGGCUGAGCUGAGGAAGGCGAUGGGCUUCCCCCAUGAGGCACGAGAGAGACCCAUGGUCUCAGCGGCCCUGCCUGGCAGAGAGGGCAGAAAUGAGUAACACGGAGAGCUCUAAUCUGUUUUUAGGACAAGUAAACACAUCCCACAUACUUCUUAUCUCACUGUACAUUUGGGAUUAGAAUUUAGACUCUGGGUUCCAGAGUCUAAGGCAUCUUAAUAUGAAAAUGAAAUAGAGAUUUAUUAUCCUCUCCCCAUCUUGCUGCUCAUACUAGUUUCCUAUCUAUAACAUCUUCUUUUCCGCCUGGCCUCUUCUCCUAAUAUUUAUAGUCGUGUCUCAAACACAGCCGUCCAAUUGCUACACUCAAGAUAAAUGGUACAAUCACCUAGACCACAAUUAAUCCAAUAAAAAUAUAGAAAAAAAUAAAACAGAAAUAUUUGUGUAUACUCCUGUCCAAUAGCCAUAGAUCAUUGUUAUUUAUAGAAAAAUUUCAUGCUGGGUAUUCUUAUACUCAUGCUACUCCUUCAGGCCACAUUUUAAAAAGGUUUCAUUUUGAAUUUUUCAGAUAGCUUUCACCUUUUCAUGUUAAGACAGAGCUUUAAAAUCUCACAAAAUUGGAUAUUCCAUCUACCAGCAUUUCACAACCUGCAUUAGGACACCACUGUUAAUACGUACAUUCAAACUGCGCUAAAAAGGACCCAGAUUACCUCAAUUUAUACAUUUUUGUCUUUGUAUUUAAAGGAAAGGAGAACUUGAACUCACUGCAUCUUCUUGCCAGGAAACGAUCUCAUGAUCUUAACUUCAUUGUACUUUUAGAAAGAAAUUAUUUAUUGGCCCAACCAGAACUAGAACUUACUUUUUGACUCCGAUAUAGACUGGGAAAGUAAGCAUCUGUGAUUUACAAAGUCAAACAAAAAUUAAUUCCAAAAGGAGAGUAAUCUGCAAAUUGAAAGCCUUUAGCUCGGCCUUGCAGACGCCACCGACCCGGAGCCGCCUUCGCCGCCCAGCCAUGGUCAACCCCCCAGUGUUCUUCGAUAUCGCCGUGGACGGCGAGCCCUUGGGCCGCGUCUCCUUCGAGCUAUUUGCAGACGAAGUUCCAAAGACAGCAGAGAACUUCCGUGCCCUGAGCACUGGGGAGAAAGGAUUUGGUUAUAAAAGUUCCUGCUUUCACAGGAUUAUUCCGGGAUUUAUGUGCCGGGCGGGCGGGGGGGGGGGAGGGGACUUCACACGCCACAACGGCACUGGAGGCAAGUCCAUCUAUGGGGAGAAGUUUGAUGAUGAGAAUUUCAUCCUGAAGCACACGGGUGCUGGCAUCCUGUCCAUGGCCAACGCUGGACCCAACACGAACGGUUCCCAGUUCUUCAUCUGCACUGCCAAGACUGAGUGGUUGGACGGCAAGCACGUGGUCUUCGGCAAGGUCAAAGAGGGCAUGAACAUCGUGGAGGCCAUGGAGCGCUUUGGGUCCAGGAACGGCAAGACCAGCAAGAAGAUCACCAUUGCUGACUGUGGACAGAUCUAGGAAAUCCGACUCGUGUUUUAUCUUAACUACCAGACCAUUCCUUGUGUAGCUCGGGAGAGCACCCCUCCACUCCCACCUGCUCGAGAUACCCCAGAAUCUCUGUGCUCUUGCUGCAGUUCUGCGGGCUCCAUGGUUCCUUCUCCCCAGGUCUAGCUGGAUGGCAGAGUUCAGUUGAUGAUGAUGAAAUAAAACCUAAAUCACAAAAAAAAAAAAAAAAAAAAAA